CGUUCGCAAUGUGUUCCUGUGUUAUAGUAAACAUUAGAAAUUACAUUUAAUAGAGUUUCCUUCAGUCGAGUUACAAAAAACUAGGACAGCUGUGACGCUUUUCCUAUCGCGCAGCCUUGAGAUCUGGAACAUCUUUGAAAUCUAUUUCUAGCAGCCGCUGAGCAAGGCGAAUUGCAUUCAACGAGAUGAUCCCAACACGAAGCAGCACUUUCCAAGACUGUUUUUUAUUUUAAAAUAACGUCACCAUUUCGCAAUGAUCAAAAUGGAUCGUGCGUUGAAAUGGGAAUGUGAGGGGGCAGAGCCAGAAAUGGAGGAAAUGCAGGACGUGGGUUCAGAAAUGAUCAAUAUCGACGACGAAGAGGAGAUUGAAGAACUCCAUAACAGUUUAAAGGAAGCAAUGCAAGAUCCAUCCGUGAAACCCAAACUCCAGUGCCUGAUGGUGGAUCCAUCCUUCUCCAUGGUGACGGUACAGAGCGAGGACAGUGGAAUAGUAUGGGAGACUGCAUCCAGUAGAUGCUCGACCCCAUGGGCUUCAGAGGGAAGCUCACCGUCAGAACAAUACAGUCUUGAGGGCUCUGUAACACAGGGCAAUAUUGUGAUCAUAAUGGAUGAAGAUAGAAUCAAGAGGAGGAAAAGAACAAGCAGCAGAUGCAAGCUGGGCGACAGGUUUAGAAAGUCAAGCUCCAGGCUGCCAAAAAGUCGAGUAGGUGAGGAAAGACCAGCAAUGACUGAGGUAUCUGUUCCGAACAUCAGAUUUGAAAACCAUGAGGAGGAACACUCUGUUGAAACCAAGGAUCAAGAUUAUUUUAACUUGAUAUCAGAGGGUUUCGAAAUACUCAAUAUAGUUGUGCCAUCGAAGUUCCCUACCGUAGAUGAGGAAGAAAGCACUAAACUGGCAGAGAAUUUAUCCUACUUGGAGGAUACACCUAAGAUAAACUCCAAGUAUAAGAAAUAUGAAGCUCUAGCUCCAAGCAGUCCUUGGAACAUAGAGAUAGACAUUCAAGAAAUAAAGCAGACUGAGAACUUGAAGGAUUCGCCCGAGAUUUCCGCUGAUAAACAACCCAAGAAUGAUGAAACUAAUUUGGACUAUCUUGAGAAAUUCACACUGUUAGAUGUACAAGCCCCUAGUGAUGGCACUGCAUUGACAGAGAAUCUUAUACCAGAAGUGACUGGCCAGCCAGAGGAACCUUAUGUGACUCAGAAAGACACAAAAGCAGAUGACGUUCUUGAUGAAUCCUUUGUCAUCAUCAGUGAUGUUGAAAUUUUAGGAGAAAGGCUUGACGAAGUGUUCUACGGAAGUAGCUUCAAUGCAGAGCCUGAAGUUCCUCAAGGGCGCGAGGACUGGGAUGGGGCAAACGCAAGCUCUAAAACUCUCAAAGAGAGUGGGUCAGACUUAUUUGGAAGUCAGGAAUGUGUCCUCACGCCUGUGUUCCUCCCCACUGGACCUCCGAAGAUCAUAGAUCCUGUACUUCUUGAGGAGCCAAGAGCAAUGUCCUUCCACUACUCAGACCUUUAUGAGGAUGCAUUAGGAGACAGGAAGAGAGAAGAAGACUUCUCAGAUACAGAGAGUGUAGUUUCAGAAAGGUCUUUCAAAAGGCGAUAUUCAGAUUCUGAUGACGCAGAUGGUUAUCUGGAAAAAUUCAUACUGAAGGAUGAAACUACAGUGGUUGACAAGGUACCUGAUGCCAGAGAGGAGGAAGAAGGGGAGAGACUAGCAUGGUUACAAAGUCAAUUUGAACUCGCUGGAGGUUUAGUAUGUGCAAAAGAAGAAAAUGAUGAAGUAACUGUCAGCCUAUCAAGCGAGACGGAUAAAAAUGAACACAUCAGCAAAGAGGACUGUAAGUCUACAGGGUGUUGUUCACCAGGGCAUUGUGCUCCAGUGGAAACCAUCGCUAGAGGAACAGUCACAUCAAAGGACUUGCUCGUAAAACAAGGUAUGGAAUUUAAAAAGCAAUGUGAUGUGGCUGUCAUUACCAAGAACAGUAUCAAAACAAAAGGUGACCCCUUGGACAUACUACCUCAAAAAUUGGCUCAGGUACUUGAACCAGAAAGCAAAUUCACCAAAAAAGAUGAAGAACAGACAAUUGAUGAACACAGUGGAAAAGAAAAAAUAAAGCAGACUGCUGAUAUUCAAGUGCUUGGGGGUUUAGCGCAUAAAGAUGCAAUUAAAACUAAAGAUGCAUUUGACAUUUUAUCUGUAACAAAGUAUUCAGAGAAAAUCCAGGCUGAAGUAUUACAUGAAGUUAAAAGAAUUGGUGGUUUUGAGGACAGUAUGGGUAAACAUCAAGAAGCAACUGAUGUAAUUGUUGAAAUCCAGGAAACAAGUAUUAUUACCAAGAAAGACAAAGGAGUGGAUGAAAAAAACAACAUAAAAGGCAAAGUCGUUUUAGAGCGGAAUAUUACUGCGAAGGUUGAUAUAGACAUUCCUGAAAAAAUACAAGGAGAAACACCAGAAAUAUUUGCUCAGGAGGUCAUCAGCAUCAAAGAAACUCUGUUAGAUGAAACAGAAACCAAAGCUGAAGAAAUGCAGCAUUUGAAAGUAGAGAAAGAGGUUGAACCUUCAGAAGAGUCUGAAACAGUUACAAAAACACAUGCUACUGAAGCUGAACUUUCUGCAGAAUCCUUAGAAAAUACCUCUAUGGUCCAUAGAUAUGGUGAAAUACUAGCUAUCGUUGAGGAUAAAGUGAGUGACAUUGCAAGUAAAGGAAUGAUACCCAAAGAGAAACUAGAGCAAGGAAUUGACAAAAUUGCUGAUGAAGAAAUUGAAAUAAAGCCAGAGCCUGAAUCAGUGCAUAUAGCUUCAGAACAAUCACUUCCAAGUGAAACGGAUACAACAAGCACUGAGUUUCAGACUAAACCUGGGAUUACAAGUGAGGAUGAAUGUUUGAAGAAAAAUGAAGUCAGUGCAGCAAAUGAGACAGACAAAGAAGUAGAAGUGGGUGCAAAUAGUCCUACAAAUGAGCCACUACUGCUUAAGCAAAGGCUUGAAAAGCAAGAAGGACAUAUUGAUAUACCUGAGAUUGAAACUGAGGUUACAAGUAAACAGGGAAAAUUUGAAGAAAUCAAGAUAGAUGUUACAGAGGAAGCAAAGCAGGAUAUUGUUGCCACAAAAGAGACUGUUCAGGAUGAGAUGCCUGCUGAAAACAGAGAGACAACUAAGGAAGAAAUGGUUGAUUCAAGUCAAGCAUAUAGCUUGACAGAAAUAUUAGCUACUAAAAUGGAAAGCAUUGAUAUAAAGAACAGCGUAAUAGAAGACACAGAAGAUGUUUCAAAAGUGAGGCCAUUACCUAUACCAACUAAAGUGGUACAGGUAGAAGAACCUAGUAAAGGAAAAUAUAUAACCACAGGCCAUACAUCAUUAACCAAGGAGAUCCCAGAGAUAGAAACUUCUACUGGUGGGAAAAAAAUUGAGAAUAGAAUGUCACCUGUGGUGUCAACAGCAAAUGUAGAGGUAGGACGUAAGUGUAAGAUGCAGGAAGCACAUAUAAAUGACACACAGAUUGAAGAUAUAGUGGACAUACCAGAGCCGCCUCCACCAGUUGAAGAAGAGGAACCACAAGCAAUGAGAGUUUCUCCUUUAGAGCUGGCGUUUUAUGAGGAUAUAAGCAGAGAUGGAAGCCUCAGAAGUGAUAAAGGUAUUUUCUCACAAUUGCGAAGUUUUGCCCCUCAAGAGGACCUCUCUUCCUUUAGCUGCGAGCCAGAUUUGCAGCAGGAAAUUGUGGAUGAACUUGAUUAUGAGAUGGUCACAGAACAAGAGGCAAGACAGUCAGAACAAGCUAUAGCUGAGGUUAAAGAGGAACAAGUUCAACUCGCAGAUCAAACUCUGGAAAUAAGCUUUGAAUUUGUAGAGGAUUUAGAUGGCGGCCAGAUGUCAGAAUGUGAACCUCAAGAGGAGAUUGAAAUUCAGCCAAUGGAUGCAUUCUGCCUUGUGUGUAGAUGCCCAAUACUGCUGAGUGACGCUGAGCAUCAAAACCAUGAGACAUCCUCUUUGGACGAGGCCUUUGACAGUAUUAAGAAUCAGCUGAGUGAGUGCAUAUCAGCUUUACAAGGAAGAUCAGAGGAAAUUGAAGACUUUGUAUCUGAGCUUGAGCUGGAAUACAACACAGUGGAGGAGAACUUUAUUGAUUGUGAGAAGAUCAUAAAUGAGCACCAUGACGAGGCACUGAAGCUGGUCAUGGACCAGUAUAAUGAGAUGUCUCAUGCCAUGGAGGAGGAGAAAAAAGCCAAGCUGGAGCAGCUGUAUGACCAGAUUGUGUCUUUCCAAGAGAAUAUUGACAAAGCCAAUGAGACUAUGGCGAUGACAACUAAGGAGAUGGAAGAGACGGACCCUCUUAAAUUUGUUUCUUCAUCAAAAGAUAUAAAUAUGAGGUUGAAUGCAGCUUUGGAAUCCACCAUGUCACUGGAGCUUGGUCCGCGAGGUCUACUGGUUUUUGAGGAUUAUGCCAAGGGCAAAUCAGGCAUUGAGAAGAAAAACAGACAAGCCAUUCCAGUGCCUCAAAAACCACAUCUUCAGCCUCAAGAGGCCAAUUCUGCCACUGGUACAUCUGUCACUGUAUACUGGAGAGUCAGUGAGGAUGACAUUAUCGACUGCUUCCAAGUCUAUUGCAUGGAAGAGCCACAAGGAGCAAUCUCAGAGGAGUACCGGGUGACUGUGAAGGAGAGCUACUGUAAUCUAGAAGAACUGGAACCAGAUAAGUGUUAUAAAGUGUGGGUGAUGGCGGUGAACUACACGGGCUGCAGCAUGCCGAGUGAGAGACUACCCUUCAGAACUGCCCCAUCUGUACCUGUGAUCCAGACGGAGCAGUGUACUGUGCUGUGGGACUCUGCCACACUGCGUUGGAGCGCCGUUCAGCCCAGCGCUGUGGACAGCUUUACACUGGAGUAUUGCCGCCAGUAUGCAUGUGAGAGAGAAGGACUUAGAUCUAUAUCAGGGAUAAAAGGCAAUGAGCAGAGGGUCCUUCUUCAGCCCAAUGAGAAUUACCUCUUCUACAUCAAAUCAGUGAAUGCCUGCGGGGCCAGUGAGCAGAGUGAAGCGGCCCUUAUCUCCACCAGAGGUACGAGGUUCCACUUCCUCAGUGAAACCGCUCACUCAAUGCUGAAGGUUUCAGAGGACAGAAACUCGGUAGAGUACACACAGGACACCUACAAUAAAAUGUCCUCAGUCAUUGAAUGCCCAGCUGUCAUGGGUGAGCUCCUGCCUUCACUUGGAUAUUACUACUGGGAGACAGAGGUUUCCAGGUGCAAAGCGUACCGCAUUGGCGUUGCAUAUCCAACAGCAUCACAAACCAGCACGUUGGGGGAGAACAGCACCUCCUGGUGUUUGCACUGUGUACCUACAUCUAUAAGCUGCAGAUUUGAGCUGCUUCAUGACUGUGUGGAGUCUGACAUCUUUGUAAUGGACGUACCUACACGGAUCGGCACUCUGUUGGACUACAGCCAGGGUCGGCUUUUCUUUUUUAAUGUCCAGAACGGGCAGCUCUUGAGCACUUUUCAGCACACCUUCACUCUGCCCUGCCACCCUGUCUUUGUCUUAGAGCAACCGGGUAACCUAGAGCUGAAAAUGACCAUGGACGUGCCAGAGUUUGUCAAGCACUGCUAGUUUACAUCACUUACACCUCAGUGAUCUGGCUUGCUAGUGUGACAAGAUAUGAAUCAAGUAAUUUUUUUAAUUGACUUUCUUAAUUAUAUAUUAAAUUGUAUUUUGCUAUCGUGAAAAGUUAUUCAGUACUACUAAAUGGCAUGAAUUAAAGGAUUUUGAGAAAUGUUUAGUUUGGCUAAUUUUGGGAAAGGAGGAAUUCCUUUUGAAGCUGUGCUUUUAAGUCCCUUCAAACUAGUUUUGUGGUUUUGAGCCAUUGCGUUGUUUUUUGUAUAUCUGAAACAGAACGUGCAUGCAACAAGUUUUAUUGUUAUAUUUGAUAAAAAUUCAGGGUCACUUUAUAAUAUAUUAAAUGUCAGUGUAUUUAUUUUGGAAGCUGCAAGCUUUCACCUAGGUUGUUUGAAUAAAACAGAUGUUGGCAGUGGUAAUAACAGGCUUUUCAUAGCUGAAUUCUCCCUCCGAGAAGACACGUUUUGAA